AAAUCAAACAUUACUUGGACUUGCUGGCCUCCAUAAAGGACUUUGAGCUCCUAGAGAGUUUCUAUUUCUGAGUAGGCCUCAUUCAGUUGGAACUGCAAUGGAGAUAAAAGAAGGAAGAUCCCUUGCUGAAACACCCACAUGGGCUGUUGCCACUGUAAUCACUCUUCUUGUGGGCAUUGGGUUUUUGAUUAAUGCUUCUCUGAAGAAGUUUGGAAAGUGGGUAGAGAGGACUAGAAGGAAACAUCUUCUUGCUGUAUUAGAGAAGAUCAAGGAAGAGCUAAUGUUGUUUGGACUUCUGUCAUUGUUGAUGGGUCAUUGGACUAUUUUUGUGGCCAAAAUUUGUGUGAAGUCAUCAACAUUGAGCAGCCGCUUCUAUCCAUGUUCGACUCGGAAUGAUAUGAAAAACCCAGAUAUUGUAAAUCACCUAGUUGUGUUAAGCGCUAAUCAUCUCAAUUUGUCUAUUUCAAGACAGCUGUUGAACAAUGUGGAUCAAGAUUUUUGUCCUGAGGUAUUCAGAAAAUGUUAAUCUUUGAAGACUUAUGUCCUGGACUACAAUGUAC